AAAUACGAUUGCUCCUUAAUGGUGACAUGCUUGAACUUUUGAUGAAAUCGUGAAAGGAAGGGUUGAUAAUUUAUUUGUGUGAAAAUAAUGGCUAAAACGACCUUGUUUCGUGAUUAAACAGGAUAUGAACGCCUGGCAGGAUCAAUGCAAGAAGAUCUUUACUUGUCGUCUAAAGCCAGCGCAUUCAGUAAUUUUAAAAAGGUGAAACUUGAGCCAAGUCUUGACUAUGUAGUCGGUCCACGCCACUCCAGCCCAUCCUUCUUUACAGACGGACAGAAAAACUCUUACUUAUUCGCCCAGUCUCGGCAUGAGUCUGGGGACUACCACAAACACGCACACAACGCAAGUUUCUUGUCGGCGUCAAAUCUUAACUUGUUAUUGGACAACGCUGUUAACACAUCUGUGGCAGCCGGAACAUAUAGAAAGUGUGGAAUUAAACGAAAACGUGGUGAUCUAAAUAAUCUAGACUUACAGAUGCAGCUUACACUACCAGAGGGGACUGCGAUUUCCAGUGAUGACGACAAUGGCAACCAGACAAACACAACCUCGAAAAACACAAGCUCUUCGAACAGCGAGGGGGAUUAUACUCUCGUACAACAUGAGGUUUUGUACUCGAUGACAACUGCUUAUGAAGUACUGGAGUUUCUUGGACGCGGGACGUUCGGGCAAGUCGUGAAAUGUUGGAAAAAGGGAACCAAUGAAAUUGUUGCAAUAAAAAUCUUAAAGAAUCAUCCCUCGUAUGCUAGGCAGGGACAAAUAGAAGUUAACAUUUUAUCAAGAUUGAGUCAAGAAAAUGCAGAUGAUUUCAAUUUUGUCAGAGCACAUGAGUGCUUUCAACACAAGAGCCACACGUGUCUUGUGUUUGAAAUGUUGGAACAGAACUUGUAUGAUUUUCUGAAGCACAACAAGUUUCAGCCUUUACCUUUAAAAUACAUCCGUCCCAUCACACAACAAGUGCUAACAGCUCUUCUGAAGUUGAAAAAUCUUGGACUGAUUCAUGCAGAUCUCAAGCCAGAGAACAUUAUGCUGGUUGAUCCGGUUCGAUUCCCAUACAGAGUCAAGGUGAUUGACUUUGGUUCAGCAAGCCAUGUUUCCAAAGCUGUCUGCUCAACAUAUCUUCAGUCAAGAUAUUACAGAGCUCCUGAGAUUCUACUUGGCUUGCCGUUCUGUGAGUCUAUUGACAUGUGGUCCCUUGGCUGCGUCAUUGCUGAGCUGUUCCUGGGCUGGCCCCUCUAUCCUGGCUCAUCAGAAUAUGAUCAGAUCCGGUACAUCUCCCAGACACAGGGUCUGCCGGCCGAGCACAUGUUGAGCAACGCCACAAAGACAACACGGUUCUUUGUUCGGGAAAACACAGACAGCAACUACCCAUUCUGGAGGCUUAAGAAUCCUGAAGAGCAUGAGUUGGAGACCAAAAUCAAAUCAAAGGAGGCCAGGAAGUACAUCUUUAACUGCAUAGAUGACAUGGCACAGAUCAACGUGCCCACAGACCUGGAGGGCAGUGAGCUACUAGCGGAGCAGGUGGACCGGCGUGAGUUUAUAGACAUCCUCAAACGGAUGCUUACUCUGGACCAGGAGAGGAGGAUCAAGCCUGGGGAGGCCCUUAACCACCACUUCAUACGCAUGGCUCACCUGGUGGACUACGCACAAUGUGGCAUAGUUAAGCAAAAUGUGCAAGCUAUGGAGGUGUGUCGACGGCCCAUUAAGUCUGUGUAUGACGUAAACCAGAAUGGUGGUGGUCUCGUUCCCAACCUCGUGCCGUCCAGUACCGCCUCCCUCACUGUCACCUUCAACAACCAGAUCAACGCCCUGCAUUCACAGAAUGGUGGGCAGCCUGCGCCGGAGAUACAGUACCUGCCAUACCCAAUGUCUCGGACAUACCAUACCCUUCCAUACCAAGGACAGCACUUAAACCAGGCCCUGCCCGCCCAGCGUUCUGGAACACAGUUUACCCGAACAGACCCCUUUGCCCAGUCUCUGUGUGUCUCGUCCAUUGUAGUGCCAGGGCUUCAAGGUUUGAACUCACCAACACGAUACAACCCGGUACCCAUGGUGACGCAGGCAGGGGCUACACUGCAGAUUCCACCCCAGCUCAUCACCCAGAGCGCUCAGAUGAACGCAUGGCCAGGUGGACAACAGGUGCUUGUGGCCCCGUUCCAACAGAUCCCAGGCCUGACAGCAGGCACAGCCUCCCAGCGGCCUGUCACCCAGCAGAUUUUGCCUGACAAUCUUGCUGCCCACCAACACAUGCUCUCAGACAACUGGAGACAGUCAUUUGUCCUGGACGGCUUUGAUCAGGCUUCGCUCGCACAGCUGAAUGCGCAGUCCCAGGCAUGGAACCUUGGUAUGAUGCCAUUUGGCCUUGCAACAAGUCGCCAGUCAUCCUCCCACUCCAGCAAGAGGCUCCCAAAGCAGAGAGUGACAAAAGAGCAGGCCUCCACACAUCUUUCCCCAGUAAAGAAGCGAGUGAAGGAGAACACUCCGCCACAGAACUACAACAACAAUCACAACAACAACAAUGCCGCUGUUGCUGGGACCCGUAGUGGGGUGGUACCUGCAGUAGACACUAAUGUUCCUGCCUCUUGGGCCGAGCCACCUGUGAAGUAUGGUUCACGGCGUGACCACCGACAGACCAUAGUGAUCGGAGACUCUCCUAGUCCGUCUGUUAGUGUGAUCACCAUCAGCUCCGACAGUGAAGAAGAUGAGGAGAAUAAGGCUGUCAGAGGGCAAAUAAAAGAGAAGUUGACUGCUGGUCAGUAUCUGCCAGAUCCUGCCUUACUUGACAGAACAGCAGUAGGGGACAGUUUCGACACUUCUACAGCCAGGAAGAACAUCAUCAGCCAUGCAGCGGCAGAUGGCCUCACCUCGAAACACCAGGUGAUGCUCACACCUAUCAAACAUGAGGACAUUGAGACAAACAUGUUGAAUGACGCCUACUUGUUUGGAAGUCAGCUUGGAGGGACAUCAGUGGAUGACACGGCUGCACUGAUUCCUCCAAACAUGAGAGUGAGCUCGACUAAACAAGAAAAAGUUUCGCACUCGCAUGCAAACACUGGAAAACUCAGCAGCCAUGCAUCUAGACAUCAAUUGACUGACAAAUACAAGGACCACAGUCCCCGGCAUGAUAUGAGAGCUUCUCUGGAGAUGGAGAAGAAUCUGUUAGCAGCGCAGGGGAAGCUUGCCUAUGUGUCGCCAACUGUGAGGCAGAGCAAUAACCCCAACAGGCAUACAUUUCAUGGGUCUACCAGCCAGAGCCAGAAGCUCCCUACUUCUAUGGGCAACCUUGGGUUUGUGACCAGACAGGCGGGAGGGAGUCUGUCCCAGCUCUCUCCUGCCCAGCCAGGCUUGCAGCUAGGCCAGCCUGCUGUCCUCUUCAAUACUGCCCCUCAAGUCGAUCUGCACAGGCGACGUCAGGCUAGCCCGAUUCACCACUACCUGUUACCUGCACACCAGCAACCUCAGAUGGGCAUCCCUGCUGCUAUCAGUCAAUUCGGGCCAUUUUCCCCGACCAUAGCACCACCACCAGCUCACCAGAGCCCACGACAUGUGCAGUACGCAGCCCAUCCGUUACCAGCUCAUGUUCACCCAGUGCUGCAGACUACGUCAUCGAUUCCUGCAACAUAUCAUUCACAGAUUGGCCAGUAUCCUGCCCUCAAUACGUCGUCUGGGCUUUACACAUCGUACCAGCUAUCCCCCACAAAAGCAAGGCCUUACCAGUACUUUGCUGGAUAAAGCAAAGUGUGACAUUUUCUAGUGACUACUUCAGAAUUCAAGCUUGUGUUAUAUUUGUCUGUGCUUGAAAAACACAUCAGAUGUUUACUUAUAGUGUAUUAUUAUUAUACCUGUUAAUAUUAGUUUUUUUUCUUGAUAUUUAACUUAAAUAACCUAAUAUUAUUUUAUUGUAUAACCCAAAUUAAGAUAUCUUAGCACAAUUAAUUUAACCUCUGUAGUCAAGAGUUUAAAAAGAGGUGUAUAAAAUAUUUUUAACAUGUGAAACUGUAGUUUUAAGUUAUCUAUUUAGUGUUUAACUGCCAUGUAAUGUAUUACUUUUAAUCAUAGUUGUAUAUAUUUUACUUUUCCCAUUUUAAAUGCUUGUGAGAUUAUUUGUAUAAGUGUUUGCCUGAGCUUACUGCACGUUUUAUGUACAUGUUAGAUAUACAUGUUAUCAUAUGUAAAUGAGUUGCUCCUAUGGACACCUGUGAUUGGUUACCUGUCUCACACAGAACAUCAUACCUAGCAAGUGCAACUUUUUAUUCAUAGCAAACUAGGGUAAAUGACUUCAUUUUCAUUUUGUAUUAUAGGGAUAGAAUAGUAUGCUAAAUUGGUGAGUUUUUAAGUGGUUAGUUCGAAUCAACAAUAAUUAAAUAUUUUAUGGUUAUAUGGUAAUUUUGUCCCAAGUUUUUAUGUUUAAUUUUGCAAUAAUGAAAAAAAAAUGACAUAACUUUUAUGUUUUGAAUUUUAUUAUCCAAAUAAGGUCACUAAUGAUUUAAUAUUUUUAUAACCACGUAAUCAGAUUUGUUCUUAAAGAGGUAUGUAUAUAGGGCUUGUAUUUGAUACAUAUUUUUGUACUUCUGCUUUAACAUUUAGCACUCUAGGUCUACUUGGAGCACUUGUAUUAUAACCGUAAACCCGUUUCUUAAAUGGAAGGUGUUUCAACUAUUUUAAUUGUUAUGCUCUGUGGUAGCCAUCAUUUGGGGUUGAAACAUAUUUUCUGUAUAUUAUGCAUUUUUUCCCACCAUAGUGAAAUUGUAUCAUAGUCAUUUAUAAAUUGUACAUAAUUUUUCAUACAUUAUAUUGACUUACAUCUGUUGUCUAAAAUGGAUAAUAAGAGUGAUUCGCGACUUUAAAUGAGUGAUUAGUAACUUUGUAUCUAUUUGAUAUGAUUAUUGUUUACAGACUAAGAUUAUUUGGACUGUAACAUUGAUUUCCACUCAAACAAAUUAGUAAAUUACUGAAAUGGUAUAUUAAAGUCAUGUUGGAUGUGAUUUGUAAUUAAGAUGAGGUCAUUAUUCAUACAGCUAUUGGAAAUCUAAAAUCAAAUAUUCACUAGUCUUGCAUAAAUUCAACUGUUGUUUGUAUAUAAUGGGUGGUGUACAUGCUUUUCAUCAAAUCAAUGUUAUAUAUUUUGUCAAUGAAUCAUCAAGCAAGGGCAUUUUAGAGCUGCAUUAAUCAGUAAAUAUUUAAUUCAUCACAUUAUUUUUUUCAUCUUGGCUGCACUUGAGGACAUUUCCAUUGUAAGGUAGAGCAGUUCUUGUCUAUCACAGUAUUCCAUUUUAAUGAGUUAGCAUUGAAUGCAGUGGUUUAGCAGAAAUUUAGAUGUUAAAGGAGUAGACUGUGUGCUUAUUUUCGAGACAAACUUCAUGUUGUACAUAAUUGUAAAGAAUGAUCCCUUAAAGAUUGUAAGGGACCAGGAUUUUUUUCGAAUGUGAUACUGAUAGGGUCAGAAUUGCACUUUGAAAGAUAAGGCAUACUAUGUUGGCCACAUUCAGUAUAUUUAUGUAGAAAACAGUAGAUUUCUAUUUUGGGCACAUUUUGAAAAGGAUUUGAACAAGACUUACUCUGCAAGGUAUGUCUUCUUUGGUUACGAAAUGAUCAUCUCACCUGUUUUUGGCUUGGCACUUUCAUUUUACCUAAAUUACAAUAUUUGGCUGUAUAAUUUUGAAGUUUUCACUUAUCUAUGAUAGAAAUUAUUUAAAACGUUUCCGUCUUUAUUUUGUAACCACUGAUCUGUGCCUAUACCGGUCUUGUUCAAACAGAGGCCACUGUCACACAGCAGAGCUCCAAACCGGUGGCUCAGCCAACAUCUCUCUUCUCGUCUACACCAAUCUGCCACAUUCGUAAUUCGCCUAGAGAAUGCAUUUCUCUUCAUCAUUUUGAUACAAUCUUAGCACAUGUAGAUUCCUUGUGUUAUGUCUGACCUGUGUGUGUACGUUUUGGUAGUUGAAGUAUUCAUAUUGAUGUCUUUCAUGAUUGUUGUUGGUUUGUAAUUACUUGAUUUAAAUGUAAUUAAAUGGUUUGGUGCACUUAAAAAGUGCUUUCUAGAAAUAUAUUAUAUUAACAUCCCCCAUCUAUUCAGGGAGUGUCGGGGUGAUGUAUUUUGGUACUAGGUUAUAAUAAACAGUUGUUUUAACAUGGAAUCAGUGCAUAACCUGUCUCAGUUUGCUUUUUUGCCCGAGUUAUUAAAUGUAGGUGUAUGUAUUACAUGUCGUCAUUUGCUAACAUCCCCUACCCAUUUAGAAAUGGUUUAACUUGGAAUGAAUGAAUGAAAUUGCUGCUAUAUUUUACACCCUUUGGUAAUUUGUUAAUGUUAUACCAGAUUCAAAUGACUGGUAUUUGCAGGAUAAGCUUUGGUGACAGUAUGUUUGUUCAGUUUUGAUGAGACCAUAAUCAUCUUGAUUAUGAAUGAUACGGGUAUGACCAUAUGCACAUAGUAAAUGUGUCUUUUGUCAGAGUAAUAGGCAAUCCCCUACUUGUUGUUAUUUGCAUCAUGGAAAUAUGCUGUUUAUCAACAAAUUUGUUUUCAAAAACGACAAUAACAUGAUGAAUUUUAAUGAAAAUGCUCUUUCUAAAUGAAUCCAUAGCAAUAUCAAAUAAGGCAUUGACAUUUCGAGACUGGACAAAAAAUUUUAACGAACUAUUGUUUCAAGCUGUUGAUAGUUGAUUGUCUAGUUAAAUUGCAAAUUAUAUUGUACAUUAUCCUACUGGGCAGCAGAUUUGUAGUGGUGUAUUCUUGUAUGUUAGAAAUAAUUCCUGGUGUGUUCAUUUUGCCAUGUAUUUAUUCUCGGCACUACAGUGCCCGGCUUUUCUCAGUAUUGUACAGUUUGUUGUUAAUAAUAAGAAUAGUAUCUCAUUGUUAAGCAGUUGUAGCUAGUUAUACUCAUCUUUGUUUUUCAUUGUCAUUGUAAAGACCAUUAUACCAUGCAUUUCUUUUAAACAUAGUCUUUAUAGUUUAUGAUUCAGUAUAAGUGAAUAGACUUUGUUCUUUAGGAAGAACAUAAUUAGGUUUGUAGUCAUUCACUCCAUAAGAUAUAGCUAUUAUUAUUUAUGUACAUGUAGCGUAAAGAAGAACAGUCAUGUUUGUUUAGGAGACCUUAACUUGUAACACUAGCAGACUAUCAAGUGUAUUUGACUGUAUUUGUGUGUUGGAUCUUUUCAUGUCUGAUAUGAUGGCCUGAGCGCUUGCUAGAGUACUCUACCAGAAAAUUAAAGGAAUAUUUUUUUGGUUAAUAUCUUGGCAUCAGUUUCACAGAUGUUUGUAGAUUGUGCAACAUUUUUAAGCAAUUUUUUCGGCAUUAAACAACUGGUCAGUCACAAAUAUACUCUUGUAAAUGGAAGACAUUCUCAAAUGCCAAACUGUAGAUGCUUAGCUUGAAACAGUUCAAAUGUUUUUCUGUUAGUGCAGUCUUGGUGCUAUUAGCUAACUAUUUAUUCUAGAUUAUGUCUUCAUUCUUCACAUGUUCUAGUGUUUGUAGUCAAUUUGGGACAGGAUUAGUUUAUACUUAAUUGCUUAAAUAUUUAGUUUCAUUUUGUGUAUUAGGUGUAUUCUACUUGAAGUCUGUACAAACAUCAUUUUCAUCUUGUUUUGACGAUAAUAAGAUUUUGUUUUGCAUGUAGAUGUAGGUUGAUAUAAAAUCAUGCAUGAACAUAUUAUGUUAGCCUGUAAAAAUCAUUGUCCCCCAAUGAAAAGGUUGUCUUUGCAUUUUACCUCACAAAUUUACUGUUUCUACAACUAAUCAUGUCAAAAGUUAUGUGUAAUCCUUUUAUGUAGUAAUAGUAGGCAAGGAAGUUUCAGUCGUUCUAUUAUGAGUUACUAAGUUUUUUGUCACAAACAGACUGUGAAUUAUGUCAGUAUAGAUGUCUCGCUGCAUAUUAUAGCUUAAAUAGUCCCGCCUUUGUUAUCAUUUCAUUUGUGCUGUGUAGUGGAAUGAGUGUAUAUAGUGUACUAGGUCUAGAAUAUAGCUGAUUGAGAUUAUUACUAACACAUUUUGCAUUUAAUGUAGUUUAUUCUCACACUUGUUGUUAAUCAGUUUUACAUAAUAUUUAUAGUUAUUCCUUAAAUUGAACAUUUUUCAUGUUUGUUUGAAUUCUUUUAUCAAGUUUGGGGUUGGGUGUGUAACUUGAUUUUUAUCAAAUCCAUUUUAGUGCAUAUUUGCAUGCUUUUUAAUCUAGAAGUUUGGUUUUAUUAUUGGUCUUACUUAGUUCCCUUUUUUCAAAUUCCAGGCAUUUUAUAUGUAAAUAGUUUGCAGUUUCUUUUCACAUGUAAUGUUUAUGUAUGUCACCCAUGUGAUAGUUGUUGUGUCAGUUUUAAAUAGGUUUAGUUGGUGUUGAUUUAGUAUGGUAUUUUAUUCGGAAGAUUGUGUGUAUUUUGUGCCAUUUACUUGUGUGGAAGCUAAUUAACACUUAUAAUUAUUAAUAGUCAUAGAUAUAAGCAUUCUUGUUGGUAUUAGCAUGUGUAACAGUAUAUUGUGUCUCAUAUAGUAAGUAUUUUUACCAAACACCCACCAUUUAAGCAUUUUAAUGCAUUGUAAUCACAGUCUGCACACAUCAAAUUAUUUAAGCAUCAUAAUUACAUAUUAUGGUAGAGUUAUCUAUAUUCAUGUAGUUCAUUAUCAUCGGCAUCAUCAUCUUUAGUGCAAUGGAGGUUUGUACAAUCCAAAGAUAGUUAAGCUCUUAUCCAUCCCAUUUUUAUUUUGACAACAUCAAUUGUAACAUAGGAAGAACAACUACAACUUGUGGUUUCUAUAUGUAUUGGACAAAACAAAAAAAGGCCUGCUUACUUAAAAGUAACCAUCUUUAUAACAUUGUAGAUGGCAACAUAUUUCUCCUUCUUUGUAGACCAAAGGCAACUUAUGUUGAUUGCCAAUUCACUUUGAAACUUCUUCGUAGACCUUGUUUUGGAAACCUCCAUUGCUGCACUUACAUCACUCCAUGAUUGUUAUCAAUGUGCCUAAAUCAUCCCAGUCAUUGUUGUUCACAUCUAUUGUAGAUAUAUCAUUAUGCAUCAAACCAUUGCUCACAUAAACGAAGCAAAUAUUUUAAAAUUUGAAAUGGAUAUUUUACCCUGUUAUCUUAAUUGCAUCUUAAUGAAUAGUUUUAUUAUGCUGAACUUAUUUAGAUUUAGUCUUACAGAAGUCAUUUUCAUUGACCAGGUGAUUGUUUUCAUAGGAAUCAGCCUUCAUUUACUGUGUCACAUAUCAUCGGUAGAAAAUUUGAACAUAUUGUAAAUUUACCAUUAGGAUCGCCCCAGACUAUUGUACAAUCCUUCUAAUUUCAUGGAUUUCGUUGUCACAUGUAGUUGGUGCUAACAGACAAUAUAACAUGUGAUGCUGUGCAUUAUCAAAUAUCUGUAAGUAGCCUUGAUACCUUGUUAAAUGGUAAGACUUAACGCUUCAAUAGUCCCAUAAAAAGAUACCUACAUAUGCAGCAAUAGGAAUUCAGUGAAAACUUGUUAAUUAAAACUUGUUAGUUAAUUUUAGAGUCCUGUAUUGGGAAACAUUAGAUAUUUAACAGCUUUAUUUGAACUUUGGAGAGAAAAAAAUGCCAAAAUAAAAAUAAUUUACAUAUCAUGAGUUUACUUUUUGUAUUGACAUAUUUUUGAAAACUAUAAAGACUGUAAAAGCAAUUUAUGGUGUUCUCUAUCUGUCUCCAUUAUUUCAUUGAUUUAACCAAUCACUUCAUAAGAAAGUGAUAGUUCAUUUUUUUGAAUUGAUAACUUUAAUUUCUGCCUUUGUUGGUAUAUUUUGGAUCGAUGGGUAUCAUGUAGGCUUGUCAAUACUCCAAUGAAGGAGGUUUGCUUGCGGAUGUUUGGUGGUACCAGCAGUGACUCAUAUAGGUAGUGAAGUGCUUUUGUCGCUGUUCAAGCAGUAUUUCUUUUGCAAUAUAAUUAUAGUGUACAGUGUAGUUGAAAUCAUCUUCAAAUAUAAAGCGUCUCUCUGUAGGGCAAUAAGCAUUGCUAGGCAUUGUUGAUUAAAGGCAUGUUAUGUGCUGUACAUUGUGUUUUGAAAUUGUUGUGAAUAGUUAUGCAGAUAUCGUAAUAUAAACAAAAAAAUACAGCUUAGUUGGAUAAGUGCAUGAGACCUCCUGAAAAUAUUCUUUUUUUUAAAAUACCUCACAAAUGAGCUUCAGUCUUAAAAUUAAUAGUAUUUUGUUUGGCACUGCAGAAAUUUACAUUGCCUCAUUUAUCAUUGUAACUUGUAACGUCAAAUUCUUUGAUCUCAAGCUGUCAUUAGAAUAGAAACAAAAUAAUAAACAUGAUAAGAAAAGGUUCCUGUUGUAUGCUUUACUUAAUAUAAUUCUAAGUGUUUUAUUGUGAUUUUAUGAGACACUAGCACUGUUCACUAUGCUAGAUAAACAAAUAUUUUAUCAACACAAAUAUGUUAUACAUGUACAUCUCUUUUAGGAAGUGAAACAGAAAGCGAUUUUUUAGUUUAAGGAAGUUGAUAGAAUUAGUCAAAAUGAAAACAAGGAAAUGAUAAUUGAACAGUUUCUUUAUAGAAAAUAGUUAUGUAUAGGCGCUUUAUGUUUUUCUAUUUUACCAAUUACGGAUUAAUUUUAUUUAGCAAACAUUUUGCAAAAUCUGCUUUGAAAUGGGUAGUUUGCAUAACUUCGUCAUAUGUAUGACCUAUUUUUCUUUCCAAGAUAAACAUUUUAUCUCCAUUUUUGCUGUUAUUUAACAUUCCAUUUAAAUUAUUAACAUAUAACAAAAAAAUAGCUUUAUCACUUUUUAGAUUUAAAUUAGAAAAAAACAACAUUAAUUAUGGGAGGUUUUAUUCAAUUUUAUUUUUUUCAUAUAUAUUAUAUCAAAUGAAUUUUUGACACUAUGGUACCUAAUGCUUAUAUUCUAUUAUUGUUUCUAUAAUUUCCUCGGCACUUAGUUAUCAUUGUUACAUAGCUUUUGAAUCAUGAGCUAAAGUAUUUAAUCUUUAUUUAAACAGUUGUUGUAUUCCAUAUGUUUUUGGUACUGUUAGCUUUUCUUUAUCCAGUAUCUUUGAUUGGCUGUUUCAAAGGAUUGUUUGUAACACAGCUGACUGUGGAAGCAUCGAAAAAUGUAGUGUUAACUGAUAUAGAAAUGUGACUUGUUAAAAUGGAGGUUGAAUAUUUUUACCAGGUACAUUUAUUAAGGAUAAAACAUUUUUGAUAAAACAGUAUGACUUAGGGUUCAUUAUUGUUGGUGAAAAAGCUAUUUGAUUUUCAGUGUUUAUUUUUUUAUAAUGAAUACAAUUAAUAAAAUACAUUAAUUUGAUUUUACUUAUUGUAGGAAAAUUCUAAUAAAUUGGAAUAUGUUCUGGCAUUAAAAUUAGCAUUGUAUAUUGUAAUUGAUAAGAAAUGGCUUGUAUAUUGAUACAGUAGGCUGUAAUAUUGAGAAACGAUACAUUGAAAUGUUCUGUACUUGGCUUUCACAGACAGUCUUGUGUUUAUCUUGAUGUGUGCAAUACCUCAUUCCUAACACACAUGCUCCUUCCACCUGCUGGUCCAUACCACAUGUACAUGUCCGCUCAAUGUGAUCCUUGUACAGCCUUGAAACAUAGUAAAUGUGGUUCAGUCUGCAGUCAGUAGCCUGGAGUUGAAAAUGUAUCUAAUUAUUCAAAAUUAUUGUACACCUUUCUGAUAAAAAUCAACUAAUUCAAAAUUAAAAAAAAUAAAUUUUUAGUUAUAAUUAAUAAUUUAAUUAUUGCCAGCAUGCUGGAGAGAGCCAUGUAAACAACGGUGGACCCUGUCUGCCCUUGUAGGACCUUGUGGAUUUCACUUUCACAUGUAUCUGUAGCUAUAUUUUAAUUGCCUGGGAUCAAUAGAAAAAAUAAAAUGGAUUAUAUUCAGUCUAUAAA